AUGGUUCGAAAACACCUGCUGGACAACAGGUGGGUCCUCCCUUACAACCCUUACCUUCUGCGGCUGUUCAACUGCCACAUUAAUGUUGAGGCGUGCUCAAGCAUAAAGGCCGUUAAAUACUUAUUCAAGUACAUAUACAAGGGCCACGAUCGGGCCUCUGAUGAAAUAUGCCGUUCUAUAUCUGAAAAUGGUGGAAUCGAUGUGCUUCUUCAAUGCAUUGAUGAGGCUGGCGAACAGAAGAACAAAGUUAUAGCAAGAUCAUGCUGCUCUUUGUUGUCUAAGCUAGCUGCGAGUGAUGCGAACAAGUCUGUUAUCAUUCAGCAAGGUGGUUUCGAUAGAUUCUUAAAGCUGAGAUCCAGAUUUUCUGAAGAUCCUUCUAUAAUACAAGAGGUGAUGUCUAUGGUGACAGUCCUUACACUGAGGUCACCAGAAAAUGCAGCGCGUGCAAUGCAAGUAGGCUAUGGUACUCUGGCGAUCCAGACAAUGCAAAGGUUCCCCUCCUCCAGCCAGACCCAGAAGCAAGCGUGUCUUAUGAUUCGUAAUCUUGUUGUCAGAAACCCUGAAAACAGCAGACCUCAUUCCUUAAACGAGGCUGAAGCAGCUGAAAAUGCGAAGGAGCGCUGUGUGUUGCUCGCGGACACUUCCGUGCGGCCCACGAAGCCGAAAGUCUCAGCCAAGUGUCCAACCAAGCAGCGAGAUGGUGGUGCCCUGUCGUCUACAUGCGAGCAAGAGGGUACAGGCCAUGCCUCCAUUUCCUGGAAGCUAUUCCAUGAAUCUCUGCAGUUCCAUGAGGUGCAGAUGGAUCACAUGUACCAGCGGUGCUGGAUCAUGCGCGCAAAGGUCAACUGGAAAGCGCCGAUACGGGAGGGUUUUGACGGUCGUCCACUGCUAAGGGCCAUUCUAAUGGAUCAAUUAGGGACUAGGAUGGAGGCCAUCGCGUGUGGGUCUGAUGCUGAAAGGUUCAAUCAGGGACUCCGUGAUAAUCACAUAUAUGACUUUGCCAACGUCGGGUUUGAACCAACUGUGACGCCAUACAGAUUUUUUUGGUACCUAGACUCUGAGUACUACAUGUCUAUGAUCACUCAUACUACUGUUAACACCCAGGCAAGGCGUAUAGAGUACCCAAUAUGUCCAAGUGUUUUCGUGGACUUCAACGACGUCUACUCACACCCCCACAGGACAAUAGCAGAUGUUGUAGGUUUAGUGCUUCAUGUGACCGAUAUUCAAUAUCGGUGGUUGUUCCCUAGAAACAUUCCUGUUAGAGACAUGGCGCUUAUGAACACAAGGUUUGAGGUUGUUUUUCUACGCAUAUGGGACAUGCACAUUGCAUGCCAUAUCACACGUUUCAGAAGGGCCGAGGCCGAGCUCCAUUGUUUGGCCACCACAUUUCUAAAGAUAAACAAGAAUAUCGGUGGUGUGGCGACCACCUAUGCGAGCCAUCUCAUUUAACAGCCUACUAUUGCCCAAGCGAUGGAGCCAGAGGAUCUAUGUGAGAUUUUGAUUAACAGGCAGCAGGUGUUGAGGCAGAUUCGUCAUCAAGUUCAAGUGAUGUUGGCGAACAGAGAGAAUGAAACUAUCAACCAGCACAUUCAAAUCAUGAACCAAUAGUAAGAAUUAUGAAAAGGCUUCUUGGUUGGCUGUUGAUUAUUGGAGCAACAGAGAGAGCUGUGAACCAGGUUGGAUGAAGAGUGUAAUUUGACUACUGCACGCCCUUGAUCGAAGAAGCCUUAAGCUCAGUAGGGGAAAGAGGGGGGAUAUGCAUGCAUGUUUAGGGUUGCUUCUUCUACCAGACUGCAAGGUUCAGAUGCCAAAAUGCAGCUGCUUCUUAUCAUUGGGAACCAAAUAGAAGUGUUGGUUGAUUCAGGCACUGUUGGGUGGCAAACAAGAAUAUGAGACCAGACAAACACCUCUGAACUCCACUGUGCCAAACUACAGGGAAUCGGGAAUCCUGAUCUAGUUCUUUUGUUUGAAAAUUUCCUGGUCCAAUUCUGGUACCAUACUAACAUCAGUAUCAUACUACUGGAAUACAAUAGAACCCCAUCAGAAAACAUAGUCCUAAAAGAACAACAUCCAUACUGUAAUACUGAAACAUGUUGUAGAUUUCUACUGGAACUUGCAAGGUGCUUUCUGUUCUAUUCUUUUGACAGUAUGCUAUUACAGUAUAGUUGUAGUUGACCUUCAAUGCAUGGUAUGGAUCUUUUAGUUCUUUACCGAUGCAAAUGUAUCUGGAGUACCAGUACACAAAACCAGCAAAGUGCAUUCGAGGCAAAUAGCAAAACAUUGUACAACACUAAGUGUCAGGUACAAGGGGAUGGGCAAGCAAGCAAGGGCGCCAGGGGUGUCUUUAUAUAUGGCUGAUGCGGCUGGGUCAUUUCUUCAUCUCCACGCGUCCGGCCAAGCAUCCAACCAAGUAGUGAGAUGGUGGUGCCCCGUCGUCUACAUGUGAGCAGGAGGGUAUAGGUCAUGCCUUCAUUUCCUGGAAGCUAUGC